CAUAUGUAAUCGAAAUGCCACUCGGAUGAUAUCAGUGGCGAGCUGUUAACGACCUGCAACACGUGCAUGACGCUUAUCUACGUCUGCCUACACGUGCACGUUCGCAUAUAUGAUAAUAAAGAUGCCCUUUAUCGUGCUGUCGUCAGUAGGUCGAUUUAAAAAAGAAGGCCACUUUACUCUGUGAAGUUAGAACCAAAUGCUUCUCAUGGUGAUUCAUGGAAAAAUUACCACUUCAUAAGACUCACCACCAAAAAAGGUCAAGCCUUUCUAACACAACGUUAUACGACGAUUGCAUAUACUGCCCGUUGUUAUCAAGGUAAAAUAUCACCAGGAUCAAUUGUGUUGAGAGAAGUGAUUCGUUAACCCAUCGCCGUUCAUCGAAGUGUGGACGACUCUACGUUUCAAGGUUUGAUCAACCCUACAACAACUAUACCAAGCACAUCUUGAGGACGCGGUCAACUGGAUGCUAUCAGUGAGCUAAAUCAAAAUGUUGUUCGGUAAUUUACAAAUAAUAAAGCGCGACGGGUCUGAUGGAUCCCACUUUCCCAUUACAUCGGAUACAGUCUUUGGCUCGGACCCGUCUGCAGAUGUGAAGCUUAAAGUCGCAGGGGUUGCGAAACGGCAAUGUCGUAUAAUUCCGUGUGUUCAGACAAAGAAAAUGCAGCUCGAAGUAUUAGAUGACCGUUGCGGGGAAACUCAUAUCAACGGCGCGAAGUUGUCGGCAGGCGAAGUACGAGACCUGUAUAAUGCUGACAUUCUCACCGUCACGGAUCGGAAGUUUAAAAUUUUCUAUCCAUUGCCCUCGGCUAAGCGCCAGACAUUGCGAUAUAACUCACAAGCUCUCAAGGCACAGCCAACAUUUCGCUCACGAGAAUUCGAAGUGUCUGCACGACUUUUCAAUCAACUCGUCUGCGCCGACAUGGAAAGCGUGCGCGUUCCUUAUCAACGUCGCCUAAUACGUCGAGCCACAUUUGCACGUGACAUAGUGUCGAAAACACCGGGCAGUGUUACGAAGUUAAAACGACGGUCCAUCUUUAAUCGAACGCCACCAAACUUUGAUGCACCCGGCAGCCAAAGACAACAACAGCAACGACAACAAAACGAACUGAAGGAAGCAGUUCGCCAUACCCCGUCAGGGGAGGUGCGUCGAAGAUCCCAGUCAUUAAGCCCAAAGCCCCGAAAGAGCAUCCUUAGUGCAAAGAAGAAUCUGCUGGUAGCCAGGACCCCGACAAUGUCACCAAAGGUCGUUACUUGGGGGAACAACAGAUACAAAUCCCCUGACAGAUCGCCAAGCCCAAAAAAAAUUGUAAGGAUACCGCGACAUACAAUUGGCGCGACUUCGGCACUAGCGGCUGCCGUAAAUGAGAAGAAACGAAACAUUGGUCAUUUGGACGAGAAGAUCAAACGUCUGGCGUCUUCCUCUGCACCUUCAAACAACAUGACAUCGACUGGGCCUUUAUUAACCCCAAUAAGUCGUAGCAGCAUUCUGGAAAGUAGCACCCCUAUUAACAGUAGCGUUCUGCCCGUGAAGGUGACGGAAACGCCGCUUGCAUCAAAGUCACCAGUCACUGAGACAGCUAGAUUGACGCCCGUAUUUUCGAACGUAAAAGUCAAAGAAACACCAAAAUUAUUAACCACUUUGGCUACGGCACCGAUGCCCGUAGCAACCAAAUCGCCUGCAAUGCCCACAUCGAAAAUGACUGUAGUUGUUGCUGGGCCGCCGGCGGCGCAGAUAAAAUCACCCGCAAACCCGACGAAGUCACCUGUCGUAGCCUCGAAGCCACUAAUGAGCCCACUAGGAGAAGAUCAAUCCAUUGCAUCUGCAGGUCUCAAUCGAAAAACGCGUUCAAGUCAAAGUUUUUCUUUUGGCGACGAGCACAUGUCAACAGCGAGCGCGUUUCUAGACGAAAAUCUAUCAAUGAUCACCCAGCCAUCCGACUCUUUUGGCAGCCUGAGUGUAUCUGACGUAGAUCUGUCACUUUUUACUGGUAGUGUGGCAAACGAUAGCACCAUAAAUUCCCCGUUACGAAGCCGUAGAAGCUCCUCGGGUUCUUCACUUCAGAACUCAUCAGCGUCAGGUAGAGCGUUAAAGGGUACUAUUCGAUCACCAAAGACGCCAGUACUAAGCAAGGUGCAGAAAAACGAAGAGGCUGAGGUAAUUUCGGCACAGCGGACUCCGCAGAGCCAGCAUUCUGUUGUAAAAGAAAAGCUUAUGACUCCGCUAGCGACUGGCGAUGAAAAGGCAGGUUUAGCAACGGACGAAAUUUCAGCUGAGUCAGAAAGCAAUAUCAUAGACGUAGCUGAUAUUAAGCAGGUGGAGGGGGUUUCAAACAGCCUUGGAACUAAACAAGAAAGUAUUAAACCCGCUGAAAAAACUUGGGCAGGUAUACUCAAGAAAAACAUUUCUUCUGGAAGUCAUUUUAAAGUUAAACCAAGAAAAAGUCAUAAGAUUAAAGCAGUAGGCCGAUCCAAGUUUUUGCAGAAUAAAACUUCGAAAAGUGAUCUGGCGGUGGAGAUCGUCGCAGCUGCCUCCACUGGACAUCUGUUGUCACCACAAACUAUUUUUGUGAAUAAAAAAUUGAUGAAAUUUGCAUCGAGGACCUUCGUUACACCACUUUCUAAAUCACGUAAAUUUUCUUUUGGUAGCAUGACGCCUGAUAUAGAGACGGAUAUGUUUGUGUCACCCUUGAAGACCCCUGACAACUCUGAGGCAAUUUCUCGUGCGUCUGCUUUUGUAGCUAACGCGGACGAAUCAGCGGAUUUAGAGCCUCACUAUUCAAAUGUGUCAAGUCUCAACGAACCGGUAGCAUCUCCGGUGCGUAGCCCUAGAAAUUCGGUUGCAAAUGAAAACAGUUUUGUACACUCGAACGAAGCAGAUGGCAAAAUAAAUGUGCAGAAUGUCACUAGCGUGGGAAGUAAGUUAGGAACAUCGAAGAAGAGAAUAAGGCCGCUAGCAACUAGUCAGAAAAAUUCCCCGCUUAAUAGUCUAGAAGAUGUACGUGGUAUCAAACGGCUGAUGACAGCUACUUCUCCAUUAAAUGUUCUUGAUGAUUUCGAUGGCGUCAAGCAGCUUCUUCAAACCCCAAAAGUGAGGAAGCAACUUGAGGAUUCUUUAGAUAACGUCGAAAACGUGAUGCAGCUUUUUGCUACUCUUAAGGAGACUCAGUCAGGAAGAAAUUCAUUUUCAGACGUUAUGGACGUCAAGAAUAUUGUAGCAUCUUCAACUGAAUCAAAAACACCUGAAAGUAACUUGGACCAUACGUUUAAUGGUGUGCGGGUUAUGGUAGCUACCCAGACAGAAACGCGGGGUUUAAGGAGUAACCUCGAUAUAACUUCAGAGAACGUAAAAAAUUUGCUCAAUACUCGAACCCACGCUCAGAGCCCCAAAAAUAAUCUGGACAUAAGUUUUGGAGGCGUGAAGGAACUGGUAACUACUCCAGCAAAAAGUCCCGAGAACAAUCUUGACAUAACUUUCAGAGGAUUAAAAAAAAUGGUUACUACCCCGACCGAAGCAAGGAGUCCUAAAAAUAAUCUUGACAUUACAUUCAGAGGGGUUAAGAAACUGUUAAAUACGCCACCAGAAAUUAGGAGUCCAAUUAAUAAUCUAGACCGCAGCUUUAAAGGAUUACGGAGAAUGCUCGCAACUCCUCAAAAAGAUGAUGUAGCACCGAACGACUCUGUCUUGGGGGAUAUAGCCGAUUUAAUGCGUUCACCAGUCGUCUCCCCUCGAAAAAGAACCCCGGGAUCUCCUGCUGCGUCAGAGGCUAAACGAAGGCGGAGCAAAGAAGCGGCAAAAACGGCUGCUCCGUUGAGAGAUAAUGAACACGUCAUUUCCAUUAAGGAUAUUCUAACAGGAAAGAGUUCAGAUUCCGCGAUUUGCUCUGGCGAAAAGUUUCCUGCUUCAUGCCACAGUUAUUUGGAACUGUCAGAUGAAAAGGACGAAGUUGAUGUUGAAAAUACAGAAAGUUUGAUAGUUAAGCCUCAUCGUGAUCCUGAAACAGUUCUGCAGAAAGCUACAAAGUCGAAACAGCCCGAGGAUAUUAAGGGUAACAUGCAGAAUGUAAUAAGAAAGCGAAUCGAAAGCCAUAGCGAAAACGAAAGAAAUCAAAGCAAUACCGAGAAAGAACCCACAGAACGUGAAAAAGUGCCCGAGCCUGAAUCAGUAACAAGAGCAAGGAGUCGCCGCGGUAAAAGAGCUGAAUUCCAGGAGGUUGCUCCGCAGGCAAUACAACCUAAGGGCAAACGAGGUAAAAAGGGUGAGUCUAAAGAUAAGCAAGACUUGGCAAGUAUUGAGGGCCAAAAGGACGACGAGGAAUUCGAACGAUUUGCAAGUAACCAGAGUGGUGAGGAUACUGAGAAUAAUGAGAGCACAAAAUUCCGUGUGGAUACUCGAAGUGGGCGAUUCCACAAGGGACAAGAGUCGGAGUCACAGGUGGAGUUUGCAAGAAAGCAAAACAAACGUAACGAAUGUUACGCAGCUUCCACAAGGGGACACCGUGGUCAAGUCAAAGACAUCGAGAAAGGACCCACCAUGUCCGACGAACCGGUAGCUGCAUCUGAACUUGCAAAACUAAAUAUACGUAAAAAUGAGUCAAAACAAGAUGCCUCAAAGAGCCGUAAGAUUAAGUCGAAGAUAACGCAUGACGAAAAUUUAGAGAGCUCCGAAACCAGUGAUAACCAGGUUGAACAAGGACGUAACACAAGAGCUAAAGCUGCUAAAAAGGACUCUCUAGUUAAAACGACUGAGCAGGCCAAAGGCCAGAACAUUAUAGAACGCCGUGGGAGGCGGGCUGCAGCUGGUAAGAAGGAACAGGAUCAGUCUGAGGAGGUUAGCGAAGCGGUCAGUAGUAAUACAGGUGAGCCGGACUCUAUCGUUACUCAGGAUGACACAAUAAAAACACUGACAAGAAGACAAGGCACGAAAGCCGUCGAUUCGACGCCCAUUGCACUGAAAAGUGAAGACAAACCUAAACGUGGUCGAGGUCGCGCAAAAAACAUCCAAAUUGAAACUUUACCCGAGACAGUAGGCCUAAAGAGAUCAGAAAAAAAAACUAAGACACUGAAAAACGGAAGCCAUAAGGGUGUUGGAAAGGAAUCUGAGCCGGAGGAAGAACACGCGUUAGUCUCUCCUAAAACACCGCGCAGGGGACGCGGCAAAAAAGUUUAUAUGCUGGUAAACUCUGUAGAAGACACUCCUGCGACGACGACAACGGCAGAACCUGAAGGCCCUAAGAAGUCUCGGGCUCGAGGUACAAGGGCAGAACCGACGGAGGCAAACGGUUCAAAGAAGAAAAGCUCAAAGGCUGGGGCAAAACGUCCGCUUGAAGAAGAAUUGAACAUUAAGGAAGCAGCGCCAAAACGUCGUGCGCUCAAAAAUGCCAGCGAUGAUAAGGAUAAACUUCCGGCCUCUACACGAGUAACACGAACUCGUCGACCAUAACUACCAGAAGCAAAACCAGCCUUAUGAACAGUUGGCGUGUUCGUUGCAAGGAAAGCAACGAAUCAUUUCACGUAUGCCCAUUGUAUAUUUAUUAUUUUAUUAUGUAACAAGUAACUUAUGAUGUAUUCACUCCUCUCUCAAAGUAAAUUGUAGU